AUGGUUUUAAGAUACACAAGAAGAAGCCGGAAAAUAUAACUCGUUUGUUCUCAUUGAUAGACGACGGGUCAAAUCAACGCCUCUUUAUCAGUUGUCUUACCUUUUUCAGACCCUACAAAGUGGAGAAGGACGACAUUGGUAAUGCAUAUUUUACACCGAACUUGAUAGGAGAAGAAUGUUAAGCGGUGAUGAAAUGAGACGCUACAUUCCACAAUGUUGUGCUAUAGUAUCACACUAUCCAUAUCAUUCAACAUUGAAAGAAUGUUUGUCUUGUCUCUGUCCACAUGUCGAGAAGAGCCUUACAGAAAUGACAGCUUUCAUUAAAGAAUUUGCAUACGUAAUAACGCAUACCCCAGUACCUCCUGCAGGGAAUCUCAGAGUGAAUUUCAGAUUAUACGAUUUAGAUUUGAUAUUGUUACCUCCCACUCAUCCAGACAAGCCUGUGAUUGACCUUGAACUGCAUUUGGUGUUUCUGUGUUUCAAUGCUGAAGAGUUCCUAAAAAUUCUCUCAUGUAUUCUUGUGGAGGAGAGAAUAGUGUUCCUGUCCUCAAAUUACGACCUUUUAACAAUGUUUAUGGAGUCGUUGAUGCAUCUGAUACUACCAUUUAGGUGGAAAAGUAAAUAUUCAACUGUCCUCCCAUCAAACAAAAUUGACUACCUCAAAACUCCCGGUACGUUUUUGUAUGGUGUACAUUCUAGACAUACAAAGGACGUUGAAAAGGUGGCAAAUCUGGUAAUUGUGGAUGUAGAUAAUGGCAAAGUUAUAACGACAGAUCAAAACUUGUGCAAACGUGAACACACAAAAUCAAAGGGUGCAAAACGCCGGAUACAGUUACCAAACAUACCGACACAAAUAGCAAAUUUGUUCGUUGACAAAAUGAGUCAAGUCAAUCGGAAAUUCGCCCUCUCUGGAACAUUAAGACCUAACAGUUUCAAGAAUUCAGAGGAACAUAAUCUUGAAAUAAAGAAAAGAAUAUUAGACCAAAACAAAUGUAUUACAAGUAUAUGUCAGGAGUUGAUUGCUGACUUAUUCAGGUAAAUUAAUCUAGCUGAC